UGCUGUCGUAAACAACGUCAAGAUGUCUGAAUGAGCAGUUUAUGGCUUAGCCCGAAAGCUAACAACUUGAUUUUCUUUUUAGUUUACUUUUACUUUGGUUUCGUUUGGCGACUUGGAAAUUGUAUUAGAUGGGGACCAAGAGCUUACCAUGAAACUCCGGGUGCAGAAUGACAGGAGUGAUUCCAGAAGAACACUGAAACUGAGGGAGUCUCCUACUGUGAUGCAGCCUAAUUCAAGUGAGCGGGACGCUCAUGCAGGCAAUGGUUUAUCCCUAACUCUGCAACCAGAGCUUCUCACCAGGACACCAGCCCCUGGUGCAGCUGCUGCCAGCCCUGAGAGUAAUGAAGUACGGAUACCCAUGACAAGUGGGUCUGGGGAGUCUAGUGGAGGCACGUCAUCCAGGAGAUCCAGAGUCAGCUCCCACAGCCACUCCCAUUCACAUUCACAUGGACAUAAUCGGGCACAGCAUCACUCCAAUUCAGAGCCUGAGCUUGACCCUCCUGACUCUGAUCUGGACUCAGGAGAACCCAGCACCUCCUUGUCUGAGCUUCGCUGUCUCUUCCGCUGGCUCCAAAAGAGUCUUCCUUUCCUUGUCAUACUGUGUGCUAAACUGGUCAUCCAACAUGCUCUUGGUCUAGCAGUUGGGGUUGGCCUCUUCACAACUUUUUUAUAUGUGAAUAAAAGCAUUCAAAACCAAGUCUUUCUUCAGGAUCAUCACUCAAAGCUGCAGUGUGUAUGGCUGCUGCUCUUCCUGAUCUCUUCCACCCUUCUGCUCUACUACACUUUUCUCACUGAGACACUUUAUCAUUGCCUAUUCUUCCUCAGCCCAGCCAUUGAGCCGCUGGGUUUCUGGGAGGUUCUGUGGGCAGUUGGCAUCACAAACUUCAUAAUAAAGUUCCUCUUUAUGGGGAUUAAGUGCCUUAUUCUGCUGCUGCCAUCUUCACUGGUGACCUACAGAGCCCAGGGGAGAUGGCUGAUGCUGACUGAGGAGCUGGGUCAAGUGCACCAGGCCAUGGCUCCAGUUUCACUGUGGUUCCGCUACCUGGUCAUCUACCAGGAGGCUGAUGGCACGCCUGGACUCACGCUAGGGGUCCUGCUGGCUUUGCUCUACCUCAUACUGAAGCUUUUAGGAUUGUACGGACAGUGGACAUCUUUACUGAAAACUGUGAGGAUAUUUCUGAAGGGCGAGCAUACAGGCACAGCAGCCACUAGGAGUCAGUGCAGCGAGGCCGGAGACGUCUGCCCUAUCUGUCAGGGAGAGUACAGGGAGCCUCGGGCUCUACUCUGUCAGCACAUAUUCUGUGACGAAUGCAUCGCUCUGUGGUUUAACCGGGAGAAGAGCUGCCCCCUCUGCCGGACUGUGAUCACAGAAAAAGUCUAUAAAUGGAGGGAUGGAGCCACAUCUCCACACCUGCAGAUUUAUUGAUUGAUAAGGUACAGGUCGGGAGCUUUUGAGUGUGGGACAUUGGUAUUAGCUUGUAUUUAAAUAUGUGAUUUUCUAUGGCUGUCAAACCCCACUGACAAGUAAUGUUGUACACACUGUUUGAUUCAUCAGGCAAGGGCUGUGCCCGUUUUGGGCCGAGGUCAGUAAGGUCGCACAAAUUGCACCUACAGCAGGCAUGUUUCCAGCUUAUUUACCAGUACAUCCCUGCUUGUCAUUGACAGACAACUGAAAAUUGAUUAUUUUCAUGCCCUCAAGUGUUUUUUUAUUUUUUUUAUUAUUUUUAGUUGUUUCCUUUUGUGUUGCUUUUAUUUACCUUUAAUCUUAAUAUAAACUUUCCUCAUGGGGCAACAAAUUGUUCUACUUCCACUGUUUCUUCUACUUGUAAAUAUGGGGACAACAGAGAAUUAUAUUAAAAAAAAGUAUUUUAAACAGAUUUUUCCUGUCAUACGUUUGAACAAACAUGCAACACAUGAACCUUCUUAUCCAGUGUUUUCUAAAUUUGUUGACACGACUUUUCUGAUUUGUAACAAUGAAUGUGUUGAGGUCAGCAGCUGCACACCUCUGCUCAGGAGUGCUUUUAGGAUGACAAGUACAGAGCAGUGUCACAUCGUCCAGUUAUGACCAUGACAAGGAAAAAGGAUCUGUUUAUGUGAUGGGUAAACAGUUUGCCUUUUGCUUUCAGCGACAAUUUUUUUCACAACUGGUAAAAAGAAUACAAAUGAGCUUGUAAGAUUGAUUUACACAUAAAUUAUUUUUCUAUAGAGGUGACUUGGCCUCGUUUUUGUAAAAAACCAAAGACUGGGAGAAACAUCUAUUUUAUUAUGUAUGAAAAUCAUUACACUGUGUUAUUUUUUAUCCAUUUAGAUCCAUAAACUAUCUGAAUAAAGAUCUACAUUUGAAUGAUG